CACGGAACAGAAAAGGACGCGAUGCCACUAGUGAUCUUCUCUGGACUGCCAUCAUGUGGCAAGUCCGGAAGAGCCAAUGAGCUGAGAAGGCUAUUGGAGGAAAGAAUUGCUUCGCUGGAGGGCGGUGAGCCGGGUUUUAACUACAAGGUUGUGCUACACUCCGAUGAGUCGUUAGGAAUAGCGAAAGAACAGUACCGUGAAUCUGUGACGGAGAAGUCCUUGCGUGGGUUACAGAUAUCUGCUGUGAAGAGAGACUUAUCACGUACAACCAUAGUUAUCUUGGACUCGCCAGCAUACAUCAAGGGAUUUCGAUACCAGCUGCAUUGCGAGGCCAAGGCUCUAUCGACGCCAUGCUGUGUUGUCCAUGUGAUGGCUUCUGUAGAGAAGUGCCUGGAGUGGAAUUCUAAGCGUUCACAGGAUGACCAGUGGGAUCCAGAACUGCUGAAACAGUUGAGUAUGAGAUUUGAGGAGCCUGAUGGACAGAGCCGUUGGGAUUCUCCAUUGAUACCAAUAGCAUUUGACGACGAAGGUGUGCCAUUUGAGGACAUCUGGAACGCUUUGGUUCUAAAGAAGGCCCCACAAGCCAAUGCUGCCACAAUGCUCAAACCUGCUACUGCCACCAACUACUUGCAAGAGCUCGAUAAGAAGACGCAAGGAGUGAUUCUGAAAGUGAUUGAAUUUGCAGACAUGAACACGGGCAGGGUAAAGAUCGAGGAGGAUACCUUUGUCGAUAUUCCAACACAAGGAGUAAGUAAUGCCCAGUUACAGAGGCUGAGAAGAACGUUUGUUAUGCUAAACAAAGUGAGAAGUCUCGACGUUGAUAGAAUCGUGCCGUUGUUCGUGGACUACUUGAACAGUAAUUUGAAUAGGGAUUAGAUAUAUACAUGUCUCGUUAUUUAUGUUGCAAGCCAGCCUCAUU